UCUCUCUCCCCCUCCCUCCCCUCCCUGCCCUGCCUUUCCUCGCCCGCCGCGCCCUCCUGAAACCCCUCCAGCGCGACACGCCUCUGCCCCCCCGCCGCGCCCCCUCUCCCUCUCGUGCGCCAUGGACUCGCUUAGCCUUCGCUACGAGGACCUCGAGUUCGGUCGAUGUAUCGGUCGCGGGAACUUCGGCGGCGUUUUCGCCGGCGAGCUCUUCGGCACGCCGGUGGCCAUCAAAUGCCUGAACCCCCCGCCGCGAUCCAUGCUCCAGACGGCCGACGGCGGCAGUGGCGGCGAGGAUUCCUCCGAGGAGGAUCCCUUCGACAACUUCUCCGACAGCGGCAGCGACUCCGAGGAGAUCACCGUUCCGCUGAAGGGCGGCUCCGAUGAGGUGGUGCUCUCGAAUGAGGAGCUCGAGCGCUACUGGGCCCGCGAGAUUUCCAUCCUCACGGCCGCCCGGCAUCCGAACAUCGUGCAAUUCAUGGGCAGCGCCCGGGACCGCCACGGGCGCCUGUGUGUGGUGACCGAGUUUGUGGGGCCCGGCGCCGCGGACCCCCGCCCCGGGGACCCCUCCUUCAAGGACCUGUCCCCCCCCUCGCGCCGGCCGAAGGCUGGCAGCGCCAAUCUCUCGUAUGUGGUCCAGCGCCGGGACCUCCCUUGGCGAAUCCGCCUGGAGAUCGCCCUCGGCGUGGCCAAGGCCAUGGCGUACCUGCACGCCCUGGGAAUCAUCCACCGCGACCUGAAGAGCGAAAAUAUCCUCCUCCACCCGGAGACCAUGACCCCGAAGGUGUGCGAUUUUGGCUUCGCCCGGGCCCUGGACCGCGCGGCGGCCGCCUCCACCGGGCGCCACGCCCGGCCGAUGACCGUCUGCGGCACCGACUGGACCAUGGCCCCGGAGGUCAUCCUGUGCAUGCCAUAUGACGAACGUGUGGAUGUUUUCUCCUUCGGCAUUGUCAUUGCCGAGCUCUUCAGCCGCGUGAAGCCCGACGCCCGGAACUUCCGCCGCGUUAUCCCCGGCUUCGGCCUGGACCCGGUGGAGGUCCGCGCUCUGGUCCAGCCCUCCUGCCCGCCGGACGCGGUUGACUUGGUCCUCUCCUGUGCGGAGGACGACCCGGCCAAGCGCCCUCUCUUCCCGCGCAUCAUUUCCAUGCUGAAGCCCAUUGUGCCGGCCGGUGCGGCGGUGGAUGCCGCCUUCCAGAAAGCGGCGGCUGCUGCGGCCGCCAGCUCGGCCGCGGCCGAGCCCCCGGCCGCGGCACCGCCACCCGCGCCCCCGGCAACCGGCAACGCCCGGGCCUCCCCCCAAGGGUCUCCCUUGUCAAUUUGCAUCGACACCAUCUCCCCGGUCUCCGGGUCGGUCAGCUCCGACUUCCUGGCCACGCCGGUGGUCGCCGGGCGCUUCCCCCCGCCGGAGCUGAUGCUGACGUCGCCAUUGUCACUGCUGCAAUUGGACUCGCCACACCAGCCGGUCACCCCGUCGCCGGUGGUUUCCCGCCCGCCCUCGCCGCCGCCCCUGGAGAUCAGCGGCGCACGCCCGGUGGAGGUGGCCUCGCCGGCUCGGUCAACCCUGCCGAUGGAGCUCCGGCCGCUGGUCGAGCGUGGCCAACUCCGGUCCAACAUGUCCAUCCGCUCGGAGCGCCUCGGCGGGCUGGUCCUUCACCGGCUCCUGGAUCGCACCACCUCGGAGUUCAUCUUCUACCUGCAUAGCGAUGAACUGCAGGCAUAUGCCGUGUCCUUGACCCUGCCACCGGGGAGCCACUUCACCUUCGAGACGCUGCCGCGCCUGUCUCCCGGCGAGUCGCCCGGGCCGGAUCGCAUGACCGACCCGGUGGCCCUGCGCGAUGUCACCCUGUCCGAUGACGGGUUCUCCGUCGGAGCCGUGAUCCAGCCCGGCUCCGGGAGCUGGCUGGCGUCGAUCCCCCUGCCGGCGGCCGGGCCGGCUGCCAAGCGCGUGCCGGAUGUGCCGCUGUCCUUCAAGCGCCAGCCCACCGGGGCCACCGUCCGCCGGGAGACCCUCUCCGGGAUUACCCUCGAAACUCGCGUGCAGGAGCUCCAGCCGCCGGCCACCCCGGGCGAGUCCUCCGAUGCCCUGGACUCGGGUGACGCCUCCCGGCACCAGAUCAGCUUCUUCGUGGAGAACUCCUACCCCUUCCCGAUCGAGCUGCUGGUGGAGCUGCAUGGCACGGUGUAUGACAAGAAUGGCCUGUCCUUGACGUCGGCCGGCGCGCUGGAUGAGCGCCAUGGCGCCGUGGCCCGGCAUCAGCGGACGCUGAGCCAGCAGUCCACCGGGCCGGAGCCGAUCUGCCUCUUGCGCCAUGUGGUUCCCCCCGGGCCGCAUGCGCCGUCGCUGGUGGGCCGCGCCACCACCGGGCCGGAUGCCACGUUCACCUGGCGCUUCCGCCAGCUGGCCGUCUUGAACCCCAGCAGCCCGGGCGGCCCUCUUGGCCAGCAGCUGGAUGCCGCCGCCGCCGCCGCCGCCGCCGCCGCCGCCGCCGGUGCCGGCAGCCCUCCAUCCUCGACUGGCGUCACUGGGUCCACUGUCGCCGGCGGGGCUCCCACCGAUCAGAUCAGCUUCCUCAAUGGUGUGCGCCUGGUCAAGGGAUUUACCCCCUGCUCGGACCCCCAGGCCCCCAUCCACGCGGCGGCCACCGAUCCGGAGCUCUGGCUAGGCGAUGCCGGGCUCCAGUCCCUGGGCCAGGCGUCUCCCGCGCGGCCGAUCCCCGGGUAUUAUUCCCUCAGCGUCAGCAACACCCGUCGUCGACCGAUUGUCGUGUUCAUCGACCUCAUGCUUCCGGAGGCGGCCAUCUCCUCUGCCGAUGGCUCCACUGCCGGUCGGAGCGCUCGCCAGCCGCCGAAGCUUUCCUGCCACCGGGUGGUGGAGGCCGGCACCGAGGACCUGGUGGCCUUUUUCGUUUCGGGGAUGGGCUACUCUGUCGAGUGGGGCUGGUCCUAUGCCACCGAUGGUGGGAGUCCGCAGUCCGGCUCUCCCUGA